GGCACGUCGGAGUAACAUCUCGGGACGCGAGUAUUCUCGAAGAAGGAAGUAAUUCGAUUCGGUCGUGCUUGGUUUAGCCGGUUCAUUCUGUUCUACUGAGGUGUUGUAAAGGUUGCAGUUGAGGUGCCGGUGUUUGAAAGGAGUAAUAGCAGUGCAAAACGAAAACUACGAUAAUAUUUGUCCAUACCAAUCGGUGGUGGUUCAGCAUGCGACGAUCGGAUUGUAAAGUGUGGUUCUCCGACCAAUGGCUUGGAAGAGCGGCCAUACCAAUUCUACUUCUACAGCUGCUAAAUGUGGCCCUCGCUCAGCAAUACACGGCAGUCAAAUUAAUCUCAUCCAACGAAGAGCAAAGGACCGUGCCUGCACAUUCAGCACGCUCCGUUGAUGGUGGUAUUCCCACGGGAGACAGUAACAUCAUCAACCUGUCCAUCAAACCGCUCGCUCGUGGUCAAGGAUUUUCGGCGGCAAAGGGGCGCAAUCUGGGAUUUGUUAAUGAUCCCGCGCUCAACUCGAUACCGGCCGGUAUCAAUAACGAGCUAUCGAAUGGUGAUGUUCGGGCUUCGACCGCCCAACCGAACGCAGGUCUGCGGGACAGUUAUGGAAAUCCGGUGACACCGUUUGCUGACCUAACCGGUGCGAGCGCUGAUUUGGUGGGAUUUCGAACGAGCGUCAACCGUGAUUCGGGAUUCGCGUCCUCCAACGGUGUCCCUAGUGGUGCCCAGCUGAACUUUAAGGUGCCCAGCUAUGCGUCCGGUAUCAUCGCUCCGAUUGGCCAACCAAACUUCGGUCCAAUUGCAGCGAAUACUCCACAGACAAAGCCGCAGCCGCCGUCUCCCCCACCCGCUGGGCAACAACAGUUUGUACCAAACGCGAAAAUACCGACGAUCGAGGAAGGCAAAAUUCUCUUCGCCCAAAAACCGGUCGAUGGGUUGCUGCCACCACUGUUCCCGGAUCAGUUGCCACCGGUGUAUCGGGUUGAAGUAGGUACCGAGCGGUCAACAAUUUUCCCGCGGGAUCCGUUCGCUACUCCGGCCAAUACGCAGAACGGAGUGGGUUUUAAAACGGAUGUCAACCAGCAAACUCAGUUCCCACAGACACAGACGUCGUACAGCACGACACCAACAACGGCCAAUAGGUUCUCUGGGUCGGUAGUCCCUCAGCAACAACCGGCCAUUAGUGGUGGCUCUCCAACAGCUCCUCCCAUUCAGAAGUACACCGGAGGAUUCGGUGGUCCAGCCGGAUUUCUGGGGAAUCAACAAAACAUCGGAACGGCUUACACCUCUACCGCGAGACCGAUCGUGCAACCGCAGGCUCCUGUACCUAGACCGAAUCCCGUUCCAUUACCCCCACAAGGCACGUUCCAAACAUCGCCAAGACCGGUAGAACAGACGACCAUCAACCGAUAUACGGGUAGCUUCGGUGGUCCACCGGGUUUCUUGGGCAAUCAACAGAAUAUCGGAACGGCCUACACAAAGCAACCCGCAUCCAGCACCCCGUCCGUACAGUUUCAACAGCGGCCAGCUCAACCCGCUCAACCAACCCUAUCGCAAGGUCCUCCACCGGUUUCUGCUCCAACAGUAGCCGUGCCGUCCGGUCCUACGUCCAAUCCGUACAACCCUCAGCAGCAGCAACAGCAACCUGCUGGUAGUGUCCGCCCAACGUCACCACCGAACAAGUUUACCGGAUCGUUUGGUUUUGGUCCCGUCAACCAAGGUCCUAAUGCAGUUCCCGUAAGGCCAACGGUGUCAUCAUUCAUACCGCAGCAACCGCAGCAGACACCUCAACCGAUAAGGCCACAGUCGUUCAAUGGCGGUAACAAGUUUACCGGUAGUUUCGGAGGAGCACCGGGUCUGUUGGGCAAUCAGCAAAGCCUUGGUACGCAUGUCAAACCGGACGGCACUGUCCUAGCACCGUCUGCACCGGGUGCUGGAUUCACCGUUCCACAGCAAUCGACUGCCUAUCCCCAGCAGCAGCAAUACGUAGGAGCUUCCGCUCAGCAACAGAAUCCGGCGGCAACGGGAGGGAACAAAUUCACGGGCAGUUUCGGUGGUCCACCAGGCGUAUUGCGUCCGUUUGACAAUGCACAGGGCUAAGUAAGGGCCUCUAGGCCAUCGUGAUCCAGUGAUCGGCAUUUUGCUCCUCCGGCGUAGUAUUAUAGAAACAGUAAGCACGCUAUCUCCGAUAAGAUCGCCGCUGAAGCCGCUUCCACUAGUGCCUCUAGUUGGUAUUCACAAACCUCAACUACUUUACGAUGGUAAUUGGUUAACAGCAGGAAUAGGAUAAGCCGCCCGUCCAGCCGUGAUGUUUUCUGCGAACACGAUUGUGCUUGUGCUUGUUUUAAAAAUACAUCACAAUAGUUAUGUCUAAGAAAAUUAGUUAAAAUAAAUUCUCAGAGUGACGAGACGAUCGAGCCGGUACGCUGAUGUUGUGGAAUUGCACCUUUGGCAUGAUGAUCCUCAAACAAGUCUCUAGAAGAUCUUUUGGUUAUGACUUUACAACAAGAAUGAUAUUAUACUUGGCAAUUAAAUACGGCAACAAAGUUCUGGUUGGAAAAGACCUACAGAAAGGUUAAGUAUGAUUCAUAAACUACAU